UGGGGUCUGACAGGAUUCGUUGUGUGUUCUGUGGACAAUCAUCCAGGAUGUUACACUUGUUCAUUGUCUUUCUGUCAGAUUCUAUGCCGCUGAACUCGUCUGUGGAAUCCAGUUCCUGCACUCAAAGGGCGUCAUCCACAGAUAAUUACACUUUAAUUGUCUGUUCCAGGGUUCACCCUAAAGUCUAACAUCAAAAUCAGCCAUUUGUCAAAGAUAUCUAAAUGUAGCAUUAACUCUCCAACAAAUAAUUGUUUUAUAUUUAACAGAGACCUGAAGCCAGAGAACAUCUUGGUGUCUGAAACGGGCCAUAUGAAGAUCACUGAUUUCGGUCUCGCACUUGUCAACAUGCAUGGAGACCGAACAGCCACCUCAUACGCUGGAACAAUCGGCUACAUAGCUCCUGAGAUGCUGGCUAGGAAGGAGUAUAACGCCGGAGUAGACUGGUAUUCUUUCGGUGUCAUCUUGAAAGAAAUGGUUACCAGUGAUUGUGCGUACCAUCAGACAAUCGAUGAUGCAUCCUCCGGCAUUAAGAGCAUCAUUAGAAAGCUCCUUCGGAAAGAUCCUGCCAGACGCUUAGGAGUUAAUGGUAACAUCAGAAAGCACCGAUUCUUUCAGCGUAUGGACUGGGUCUCUGUGGAAGCCCUAGAGUUGCCUCCACCAUACACACCUGAGCCAACUGAACCUCAUCAUCGUCCUAGACCAUUCCAUCUGGACAAACUGGAGGCAGCAGAGGUCAGAACACCUAUUUCAGCAGCGGACCAGGCCUUGUUCGAGGGAUUUUCUUUUUGUCAACUUGGAAACCCUUGAUGAAACACCAGCUCCAUAGUCACCAGAGCAAGCUGCCCCCUGAGCCUCUGGAAGAGAAAGAUCAAGUGAAGAAGAGAAAGCUGGACAUCACUGCAGUGAUCUACAAGCAAGUCCUGCAGGAAUGAAGAGGAGGAGAAUGAAGCACCUUGCUGCGUCUGGCCCCACAUUCCAGAAGAAAGAAGAAUCCUAAGAAGAACAAAGGCAAGGAUCACCUCCAAAUAUAUAAUAAGAUAAGUUAUGGUAAGUAAGGUAAGUAAGGUAAGUAUAGUUUAUCAAUAUUCAUAGUUAAUAGAAUUGAAAAAAAUAAAAUAAAAAUGUAAAUGUAAGAUAGGUCUAUGAUAAUUAUAAGAUAUAAUAAUGAUAAGUAUAGUAUAGACAGGAGUUAGAUGUAAGAAUUAAAGUGACUUUCCAGUGGGGGGAGGGGGGUUAAUGAUUUAGAGAAUAUCAGGGACUGUACAGGUAAAUUCAGCCAUGCCAUCUGAUGUGAAUACAACCUCACUUGCAGAUGGUGUGACCAUAGGGGAUGUCAUGGCUGUACAUUACCACUUCCACCACCUUGGCCAUAAGGUAGAGCAGUAGUUUGAGGCACUUCUCUUAAAUUCUGCUGACAUAUAAACAAUUUACUUUUUUACAUUCAGGGUGAUAUGUGGAUUUUAAAA